CCCCGGCAAGAUGGCGCAGAGCGAGUAGCGAGGGGGCGGAGUGUGGCCGCCGGAAGCCCGGCCGCUGCCGUGGGGGAGCCGCGGCGAGGGCCCGGGAGCAGCGGGCCGCGGCGGACGCGAUGCUGUUCCCGGGGAGCGCUGUCGGCCGCCGGUGAGGGAGCUGCCGCCCCGGGACGCCCCCCUAUGUGCGCGUCCCUGGGCCCGGGCCCCGUCGCCGCGUUGCCCGCUGCGGCGCCGCCCUCGCCUCGCGGCCGCCGGGGCUGUGUCCGGCCGGAGGGGACGCGCCGGGGCGGCGGGGCGGGCGUCUGGCAGGAAGUCCUUAAACAACUGCAAGGAAGUAUUGAAGAUGAGGCUAUGGCUUCUUCUGCACAGGUUGAUUUGUUAGAGCGUCUUAAAGAACUUAAUUUAGAUUGUAGUAAUUUCCCUGGAGUAAAACUACGAUCAAAAAUGUCCCUCCGAUCUUACGGAAGCCGGGAAGGAUCUGUAUCCAGCCGCUCAGGAGAGUGCAGUCCUGUCCCCAUGGGGUCUUUUCCAAGAAGAGGGUUUGUAAACGGAAGCAGAGAAAGUGCUGGAUAUCUGGAAGAGCUUGAAAAAGAAAGAUCAUUACUUCUUGCUGAUCUUGACAAAGAAGAAAAGGAAAAAGACUGGUAUUAUGCUCAACUCCAGAACCUCACUAAGAGGAUAGACAGUCUUCCUUUAACAGAAAAUUUUUCCUUACAAACAGAUAUGACCAGAAGGCAGCUGGAAUAUGAAGCAAGGCAACUCAGAGCUGCAAUGGAAGAGCAGCUCGGCACUUGCCAGGACAUGGAGAAGAGAGCACAGCGAAGAAUAGCCAGAAUUCAACAAAUAGAUAAAGACAUACUUCGUGUACGACAGCUUUUACAGUCCCAAGCAACAGAAGCAGAGGGUUCAACUGCACGGAUAGACCACGAAACAGCCAGUGUUCUGAGCUCAAGUAGCACACACUCCGCUCCUCGAAGGCUGACGAGCCACCUGGGCACCAAGGUGGAAAUGGUGUAUUCAUUGUUGUCAAUGCUCGGUACCCAUGAUAAGGAUGACAUGUCACGAACUUUGCUGGCUAUGUCCAGCUCCCAAGACAGCUGCAUAUCCAUGCGACAGUCUGGAUGUCUUCCUCUUCUCAUCCAGCUCUUACAUGGCAAUGACAAAGACUCUGUGUUGUUGGGGAAUGCCCGGGGCAGUAAAGAGGCUCGGGCCAGGGCCAGCGCAGCCCUGCACAACAUCAUUCACUCACAGCCUGACGACAAGCGAGGCAGGCGUGAAAUCCGAGUCCUUCAUCUUUUGGAACAGAUACGAGCCUACUGUGAAACCUGUUGGGAAUGGCAGGAAGCCCACGAACAAGGCAUGGACCAGGACAAAAAUCCAAUGCCAGCUCCCGUUGAGCAUCAGAUCUGUCCUGCUGUGUGUGUUCUGAUGAAACUUUCCUUUGAUGAAGAGCAUAGACAUGCAAUGAAUGAACUUGGUAGGAAGGCUCCCCGGGGCAUUUCAUCACAGCAGCUAGGGCAGGGGCUUUCAGGGGGACUACAGGCCAUUGCAGAAUUAUUGCAAGUGGACUGUGAAAUGUAUGGGCUUACCAACGACCACUACAGUAUUACAUUAAGGCGAUAUGCUGGGAUGGCCCUGACAAACUUGACCUUCGGAGAUGUAGCCAACAAGGCCACACUGUGCUCCAUGAAGGGCUGCAUGAGAGCGCUCGUGGCCCAGCUGAAGUCGGAGAGCGAAGACUUGCAGCAGGUUAUUGCAAGUGUUUUGAGGAAUUUAUCUUGGAGAGCAGAUGUGAACAGUAAGAAGACGUUGCGAGAAGUUGGAAGUGUGAAAGCCCUGAUGGAAUGUGCUCUGGGAGUUAAGAAGGAAUCAACCCUCAAAAGUGUAUUGAGUGCCUUAUGGAACUUGUCGGCACACUGCACUGAGAACAAAGCUGACAUCUGCUCUGUAGAUGGUGCCCUUGCGUUUUUGGUUGGCACGCUCACUUACCGGAGCCAGACGAACACUUUAGCCAUUAUUGAAAGUGGAGGUGGGAUAUUACGCAAUGUGUCCAGCUUGAUAGCCACAAAUGAGGACCACAGGCAAAUCCUAAGAGACAACAACUGCCUACAAACCUUGUUACAACACUUAAAAUCUCAUAGUUUGACAAUUGUCAGUAACGCAUGCGGAACUUUGUGGAAUCUCUCAGCAAGAAAUCCCAAGGACCAAGAAGCACUAUGGGACAUGGGGGCAGUCAGCAUGCUCAAGAACCUCAUUCACUCAAAGCACAAAAUGAUUGCUAUGGGAAGUGCUGCAGCUUUGAGGAAUCUCAUGGCAAACAGACCCGCUAAAUACAAGGAUGCCAACAUUAUGUCCCCUGGCUCAAGCCUGCCAUCUCUUCAUGUUAGGAAGCAGAAAGCCCUGGAAGCAGAGUUAGAUGCUCAGCAUUUAUCAGAAACUUUCGACAAUAUUGACAACUUGAGUCCCAAGGCACCUCACCGGAGCAAGCAGAGACACAAGCAGAGCCUCUAUGGGGACUAUGUCUUUGACGCCAACCGACACGAUGAUAACAGGCCAGACAACUUUAAUCCUGGAAACAUGACUGUCCUUUCACCCUAUCUGAACACGGCAGUGUUGCCCAGCUCCUCUUCAUCUAGGGGAAGCUUAGACAGUUCUCGUUCUGAGAAAGAUAGAAGUCUGGAGCGAGAAAGAGGAAUUGGCCUGAGCGGCUACCACACAGCGACAGAAGGUACAGGAAGCUCUUCAAAGCGAGGCUUGCAGAUCUCCAGCCCUGUAGCCCCAGCGGCCGCAGGCGUGGAGGACGUCUCGGCCAUUCCCACCUCCCAGGAGAACAGAAGUUCGGGGUCUGCCACCGACCUGCAUUGUGUGCCAGAUGACAGGGCGGCACUGAGAAGCAGCUCGGGUGCCCGUGCCCUUUCCAGCACUUACAGUUUCACUAAGUCAGAAAAUUCAAACAGGACGUGUUCUGUGCCUUGUGCCAAACUAGAAUGUAAGAGAUCUUCAAAUGACAGUUUAAAUAGUGUCAGUAGCAGUGAUGGCUAUGGUAAAAGAGGUCAGAUGAAACCCUCCAUCGAAUCCUAUUCUGAAGAUGACGAGAGUAAAUUUUGCAGUUACGGUCAAUAUCCAGCUGACUUAGCCCAUAAAAUACACAGUGCCAAUCAUAUGGAUGACAACGAUGGGGAGCUUGAUACACCAAUAAAUUACAGCCUCAAAUAUUCAGAUGAGCAGUUGAAUUCUGGAAGGCAGAGUCCUUCACAGAAUGAAAGAUGGGCAAGAUCAAAACAUAUCAUCGAAGAGGAAAUAAAGCAUGGUGAGCCGAGGCCGGCCCGGGGCCAGGGCGCAGCUUACCCGGUGUAUGCCGAGAGCAAUGAUGAGAAGCACCUCAAGUUCCAGCCACACUUCACACAGCAGGAGUGUGUUUCCCCGUACAGGGCCAGGGGAACCAGUGGUUCGGAAGGAAAUCGAGUUAAUCAAAAUGUAAACCAGUCCUUGUGUCAGGAAGACGAUUAUGAAGAUGAUAAACCAACCAACUAUAGUGAGCGUUACUCUGAGGAAGAACAGCACGGAGAAGAAGAGAGACCAACAAGUUACAGCAUGAAGUAUAACGAAGAGAAGCAUCAUGCAGACCAGCCUAUUGACUACAGCUUGAAGUACACCGCUGAUGUCCCUUCCUCCCAGAAACCACCAUUCUCAUUCCCAAAGAGCUCAUCUGCACAGAGCACUAAAACUGAACAACACGUCCCUGCAGGCAGCGAGAAGGCAGCUGCCCCCUCAUCUAAUGCCAAGAGGCAGACUCAGCUUCACCCAGGUUCAGCACAGAACAGAAGUGCCCAGGCACCAAAGACUACCACUAUUAACCAGGAAACGAUACAGACGUACUGUGUAGAAGAUACCCCAAUAUGUUUCUCAAGGUGCAGUUCAUUAUCUUCUUUGUCAUCAGCUGAAGAUGAAAUAGGGUGUGAUCAGACAACACAGGAGGCAGUUUCUGCUAAUACUCUACAGAUAGCAGAGAUAAAAGAAAACGGUGGGCCUAGAUCUGCAGAAGAUCCUGUGAGUGAAGCUCCAGCCGUGUCCCAGCAUGUAAGAACCAAAGCCAGCAGACUGCAGGCCUCUGGUCUGUCAUCAGAACCAGCCAGGCAGAAAGCCGGCGAGUUAUCUUCAGGAGCCAAGUCUCCCUCCAAAAGUGGGGCGCAGACCCCCAAGAGCCCCCCAGAGCACUAUGUUCAGGAGACUCCGCUCAUGUUCAGCAGAUGCACUUCUGUCAGCUCUCUGGACAGCUUUGAGAGCCGCUCCAUUGCCAGCUCCGUGCAGAGCGAGCCGUGCAGCGGUAUGGUAAGUGGCGUUAUCAGCCCCAGUGACCUGCCGGAUAGCCCUGGACAAACCAUGCCACCAAGCAGAAGUAAGACCCCUCCACCACCUCCUCAGACAGUGCAAGCCAAGCGAGAGGUCCCCACAAACAAAGCUCCAGCUGCGGAGGAGGAGAGCGGGACUAAGCAAGCUGCUGUCAGUGCGGCGGCUCAGAGGGCUCAGGCUCUCCCUGACGCCGACACUUUAUUACACUUUGCAACAGAAAGUACUCCAGACGGAUUUUCUUGUUCAUCUAGCCUGAGUGCUCUGAGCCUCGAUGAGCCAUUUAUACAGAAAGACGUGGAGUUGAGAAUCAUGCCUCCAGUUCAGGAAAAUGACAACGGAAAUGAAGCGGAACCCGAGCAGCCUGAAGAGUCCAGUGAAAACCAGCAGAAGGAGGCAGAAAAGCCUGCCGAUUCUGAAAAGGACCUGCUGGAUGACUCAGAUGAGGACGAUAUCGAAAUACUAGAAGAAUGUAUCAUUUCUGCCAUGCCAACAAAGUCAUCCCGCAAAGCCAAGAAGCUAGCCCAGACAGCUUCAAAAUUGCCACCACCUGUGGCAAGGAAGCCAAGUCAGCUGCCUGUGUACAAACUUCUCCCAUCCCAAAACAGGCUGCAAGCCCAGAAGCAUGUUAGCUUUACGCCGGGAGAUGAUAUGCCACGGGUGUAUUGUGUAGAGGGGACACCCAUCAACUUUUCCACAGCCACAUCCCUAAGUGAUCUAACAAUUGAAUCCCCUCCAAAUGAGUUAGCUGUUGGAGAUGGAGGGGGAGCACGAGCACGGGCCACUGAACUUGAAAAACGAGACACCGUUCCCACAGAAGGCAGAAGCACAGAUGAGGCACACAGAGGGAAUGCCUUGGCAGUGGAUGACACUAAAGCAGAGGAAGGCGACAUUCUUGCAGAAUGCAUUAAUUCUGCUAUGCCCAAGGGGAAGAGCCACAAGCCUUUCCGUGUGAAGAAGAUAAUGGACCAAGUCCAGCAAGCCUCUGUGUCUUCAUCUGGAGCCAACAAAAGCCAGCUGGAAGGCAAGAAAAAGAAACCGACUUCACCAGUAAGACCUCUGCCACAAAGCGCCGAGUACAGGACGCGCGUGAGAAGAAACACAGACUCAAAAAACAUUUUAAGUGCUGAAAGAAAUUCCUCAGACUCCAAAGAUUCAAAGAAACAAAACUUGAAAAAUAAUUCCAAGGCCUUGAAUGACACACUGCCUAGUAACGAAGACCGGGUCCGAGCAGGCGUUCCUUUCGAUUCGCCUCAUCACUACACGCCUGUCGAAGGAACUCCUUACUGUUUCUCACGAAACGAUUCUUUGAGUUCUCUGGAUUUCGAUGAUGGUGAUGUUGACCUUUCCAGAGAGAAAGCUGAAUUAAGAAAGGGAAAAGAAAAUACAGCGUCGGAAGCUAAAGUUACCAGCCACCCAGAUGUAACUGCAAACCAAGCGUCAGGUGGCAAGAUGCAAGUCGUCCCCAAACACCCAGCAGGACGAGGGCAGCAGAAGCCGUCCACUUUUCCCCAGUCGUCCAAAGACGUACCCGACAGAGGGGCGGCAGCGGAUGAGAAAUUACAGAACUUUGCUAUUGAAAAUACUCCUGUUUGCUUUUCUCGGAAUUCCUCUCUGAGUUCUCUCAGUGACAUUGACCAAGAAAACAACAACAAGGAGAAUGGACCUGUCAAAGAGAGUGAGCCCCCCGACUCACAGGGAGAACCAAGUAAGCCCCAGGCAUCAGGGUACGCCCCUAAGUCCUUCCAUGUGGAAGACACGCCUGUCUGCUUCUCAAGAAACAGCUCUCUCAGUUCCCUUAGCAUUGAUUCGGAAGACGACCUGCUGCAGGAGUGCAUCACUUCUGCAAUGCCAAAGAAGAAAAAGCCCUCCAGACCCCAGGGCGGGCAGGACAAGCAGAGCCCCAGAAACACCAGCGGCGUCCUGGCUGAAGGUCUGACACUGGACCUGAAAGACACACAGAGACCAGACUCCGAACACGGCUUGUCCCCGGAUUCAGAAAACUUUGACUGGAAAGCUAUUCAGGAAGGUGCGAAUUCCAUCGUGAGCAGCUUGCAUCAAGCUGCCGCUGCCGCGUGUCUGUCCAGGCAGGCUUCAUCCGACUCCGAUUCCAUCCUCUCACUGAAGUCUGGAAUCUCACUGGGAUCCCCAUUUCACCUUACACCUGAUCAAGAAGAAAAACCUUUCACAAGUAACAAAGGCCCACGGAUUCUAAAACCUGGUGAGAAGAGCACAUUGGAAACGAAGAAGAUCGAAUCUGAAAGUAAAGGAAUCAAAGGAGGAAAAAAAGUUUACAAGAGUUUGAUUACUGGAAAAGUCCGCUCUAAUUCAGAAGUUUCCAGCCAAACGAAGCAGCCCCUUCCCACAAAUAUGCCUUCAAUCUCCCGAGGUAGGACGAUGAUUCAUAUUCCAGGAGUCCGAAAUAGCUCGUCAAGUACAAGUCCUGUUUCUAAAAAAGGCCCACCCCUCAAGACACCGGCCUCCAAGAGCCCUGGUGAGGGCCAGGCAGCCACCACCACCAGCACGUCUCCCAGGGGAGCCACGCCAUCAGGGAAGUCAGAGUUAAGCCCUGCCCCCAGGCCGCCGACAUCCCAAACAGGUGGAUCAAACAAAGGAUCUUCUAGGUCAGGAUCUAGAGAGUCCACUCCUUCCAGACCUGCCCAGCAGCCACUUAGUAGGCCCAUGCAGUCUCCAGGGAGAAACUCCAUUUCCCCUGGUCGAAACGGAAUAAGUCCUCCUAACAAACUAUCUCAACUGCCACGGACAUCCUCCCCCAGUACUGCUUCAACCAAGUCCUCGGGCUCCGGGAAGGUGUCCUACGCAGCCCCUGGCAGGCAGAUGAGCCAGCAGAACCUCACCAAGCAAACAGGCCUGUCCAAGAAUGGCAGUUGUAUCCCAAGAAGUGAGUCUGCCUCUAAAGGACUGAAUCAGAUGAGUAACGGCAGUGGAUCUAGUAAGAAAGUAGAACUUUCUAGAAUGCCUUCCACUAAAUCCAGUGGAAGUGAAUCUGAUAGAUCAGAGAGACCUGUGUUAGUGCGCCAGUCGACUUUCAUCAAAGAAGCUCCAAGCCCUACCCUAAGAAGAAAACUGGAGGAGUCGGCUUCAUUUGAAUCUCUCUCUCCAUCUUCCAGACCAGAUUCUCCCACGAGGUCCCAGGCCCAAACUCCAGUGUUAAGUCCUUCCCUUCCCGAUAUGUCUCUGUCCACACAUUCGUCCGGUCAGGCUGGUGUGUGGCGAAAACUCCCACCUAAUCUCAGCCCCACUCUCGAGUACAAUGAUGGCAGGCCAGCAAAGCGCCAUGACAUAGCACGCUCCCACUCAGAAAGUCCUUCCAGACUGCCCGUCAACAGGUCCGGGACCUGGAAACGCGAACACAGCAAGCACUCGUCUUCCCUGCCCCGAGUGAGUACAUGGAGAAGAACUGGGAGCUCCUCUUCCAUUCUUUCUGCUUCCUCAGAAUCCAGUGAGAAAGCAAAAAGUGAGGAUGAAAAGCACGUAACCUGUAUGUCAGGAACCAAGCAAAAUAAAGAAAACCAAAUAUCCACAAAAGGGACCUGGAGAAAAAUAAAAGAAAAUGAAAUUUCCCCCACAAAUAGUACUUCGCAGAGUACUUCCUCAGGUGCUGCAAACGGUGCUGAAUCCAAGAGUCUGAUUUAUCAAAUGGCACCUGCGGUUUCUAAAACAGAGGACGUUUGGGUGAGGAUUGAGGACUGCCCCAUUAACAACCCCAGGUCUGGAAGAUCUCCUACAGCUAACACUCCCCCUGUGAUUGACGGUGUUUCAGGAAAGGGGAAUCCAAACGUAAAAGAUUCACGAGAUAAUCAGGGAAAGCAAACCGCAGGCAGCGGCAGUGCUCCCACACAUACCGCGGGCCUGGGAAACCGUCUAAACUCCUUCAUUCAGGUUGACGCCCCUGACCAAAAAGGAGCCGAGAUAAAACCAGGACAGAGUAAUGCCAUUGCUGCGUCGGACAGCAACGAGAGUUCCUUGGCAGAGCGUACCCCGUUCAGCUCCAGCAGCUCCAGCAAACACAGCUCACCCAGUGGGACUGUGGCUGCCAGGGUGACCCCCUUUAACUACAACCCCAGUCCUCGGAAGAGCAGUGCAGAUGGCUCCUCAGCCCGGCCCUCCCAGAUCCCCACUCCCGUGAAUAACAACACCAAGAAACGAGAUUCAAAAACCGACAGCACAGAAUCCGGUGGAAGUCAAAGUCCCAAACGGCACUCUGGGUCUUACCUUGUGACUUCGGUGUAAGAGCCGGGGCGUGAAACUGAGGCAUUUACAUGUUAAUUUGACUUGCUAGAUAGAAGUUUUGUUUUCUAGUGAAACUAAAAACCUGGACAUUUUUGUAAAUAGGUUUAAUUCUUGUUGGAGGGUUUUUGUUCUGGAAGCCAUAUUUGAUAGUAUACUCUGUCUUCACUGGUCGUAUUUUGGGAAGCACUCUUGAUAGUUAAGAAAGCCAAGUAUAUUUGUACAGUAUGUUUUACAAGGAUUUAAGCAGAAUCCCAUCCCAUCAUCCUUUAAUUAUUGCUUGUCUUAAAAUAAUGAACGCUAUAUAGAAAAUAUGAUAUAUUGCUGUUAUCAGUCAUUUCUAGAUUAUAAACUGACUAAACUUACAUCAGGGAGAAAUUGGUAUUUAUGCAAAAAAAAAUGUUUAGUGCUGUGAGUCCAUCUAAUGUCAUAACUAAUCAUGUGGCUGUGAAAUUCACAGUAAUAUGGUUCCUGGUGAACAAGUUUACCCAGCCUGCUUUGCCUCACUGCAUGAGUGAAACUGGUGGUUCAUUUUCAGAAGUGAUGAGUGACGGUUCUGUGGUCACAUGAUGUCAUAGGUAGCUUCAGUGUUACAAUGCACACAAGACAAGUCUGUGUAACUGUAAAACAUUGAAUGCAACUAUUUUACCUGAACUAGAUUUGAUCUGAAAGUAGGUAGAAUUUUUGCUAUGCUUUAUCUUGUUGUAUAUUCUGGUAUUUGAGGUGAGAUGGCUGCUCUUUUAUUAAUGAGACAGGAAUUGUGUCUCAACAAACUAAAAGGACGUUUCAGAAUAAAUUAUUGCUGUAUGUAAACUAUGACUGAAACUGGUAUUUGUUUGAAAGGUCUUAUUUCACAUUUGUAUUAACUGUCAAAAAGGCCUCUUUAAAAAGCUUCUACAAAAUUUUGUUUCUUCUGAUUCUAUGCAUUAAGAGUCAAAUUCCUCUUACUGUAAUAAUAAUAAAAAAAAUUGAAGACGACUGUUGGUACUUAACCAUUCCUGGAAGGUAACUUCUUACUGUGACUAGCACUUCCGUAUAAGGAGUGUUUCCCCAUUCUGCUUCUUUAUCUGACUCCACCAGAUGGCAUGAUG